AGUUUUGUCAAUUUGCUUGAGACAUGUGAGAGCAAUCAGCACAGUUCUUAUACCGAUAGACGAGAUCUUAACAGAAUCAUUACCGCUUCUUUGGCUUGUGUACAUUCAGCCGCUACACAGUAAAGACAGAUCCCAGCGCCAGAACGACAACAUGGAAGACACCAAUGAAACAACCAAGUACGAUGACGGCCUGCGUCAUGGUGGAUUUCAAGCCAUUACAGACGUACCUCUUCUAAUCAUUGGCCUACUGUCCUUGUUGACAAAUGUAUUUGUUAUAAGAGUGAUUCUGAGCAAGCGUUCCCUUCAAACUUCCAGCAACAUGAUUCUUGUGAGUCUUGCAGUGUCAGAUUUGUUGACUGGACUAGUAACAGUGCCACUAAUAGUAACUUGCCAAGUAACGUUAAAUCUUGGCGUAUGUAUCACCAGUGCCAUCUUCAUCAAAUUUAUUUCAAUUUCCACAAUCGUUCAUAUCUCCAUGAUCACCAUCGAUUGGCACAUGUUUAUCGUCCAAGCACUUCGCUAUUAUGAAAUCGUAAGAAAGCGAUACGUUAUAAUCGUGCUAGUUGUGUCAUGGCUGGUCAUUUCUUUCCUUGCACUUGUUCGCCUGUCCUGGGCACUCGAUGUCAACGUCACCGAGGAUUACGAGGUCAAAAGUGAAGAAAAUCUCUUCAACUACUUUUGCCUGGGUCUAUUUUGUGUUCUUUUCAUUGUUAACAUCGUCCUAGACAGUCAUAUGCUUUUUAUCUUAAACAAACAAGUCAGCAAGAUCAUAAAAAACAAUCUCACCCGUGAAUGCCUCGCGCAUGAGAACCGUAUGCGUAGUAACAAACGGCGUGCUGUUGUGAUGUGCGUCUUGAUGCUUGCCAUUAAUGCUAUUCUAUGGCUGCCCUAUUUCUCGUUAGAUCUGUUACAAGCAGCUGAGCAUCUCUCAGUCGUAGCUGAAUACGUGAUCAUGAACAUACGAGUCCUGAGUUCUUUGCUUAAUCCCAUCAUUUAUAGCAUCGGCCAGAGGACUUUAAGACAAGCCAUCCGGGAUAAACUUCGUUUCAUUCUUCCAUGUAAACAAACCAAUGAAUUCAAGACUGAGGAAACCCCUUUAAACCAAUUGACUUAAACUCUUUAUUUUCAGAUUAAAAUUUAGAUCGUUAUGUUCGAGGGACUUGAAUUCCGGCUUAAAAGUUGCUCAUUAGAAUUUGUUCUUCUGUCAGAUUGAAAAAACAAAUUAUUGAAAGCUAACUUUUGAUUAACAUUAUAUGACUACACGCUGUUUCAUUUCUCCAGACAGAGCAUCAUCAUACAAAAUGAUAAGCAGAGAAAGCCCUGCAUACAGCGAGUCUGGUUAGAUUAUUUCUUUGACGCGAAGAACUGCCUUGAUAGUGAGCCAUAAAGGGCCUGUUCACUAGGCCAAGAAAUUUAAAAGUAGAGCAGAUUUAUUGGAUUUUUUUUUUCCAUUAGUCUUUAAGGACUUUCAUCAAGGACCACAUGUUUAUUCAUUUGACAAUCUGUAUCUAUUCAGCUGUAAACAACGAACCAAAAUGGACAGUGUGCCGUUCAUGUUUGCACAUUCUACAAAGACAGAUUACGUCAAUCGAUCAAUAGUAUUCAAUAGGGUAAAAAGCACUUUAUGGCUAUCCAAGAUAUUGUAUUCCUCACUUAUAGGAUAAAUGGUGAUAUUUGUUUGUGAAUUGUCCAAUCAGGGUUCAGAAUGUAUAUAUUGUAUGUAGUUUGUGUUGCGGAUGUUGUAAUAAGUGAUACUAUACACUGAACAUAAAGUCGGGUUUCAUUAAU